AUGCGGAGAGACGACACUAACCAAGACCCCGCAGUCGUCACAGUGCUCCUAGUCAACUCAGACAGCGCAUCCGCCUCGGACCUGAACACCGAGUUCGAGACAGCAAACAUCACCAAUUAUGCCUACCAGCCGGACUCCUUGACCUCGGCCCCAUCGUCAUGGCCAACCCUCGAAACCAUGAUCAAUAACGGCACCCGCCUCGUCGUUUUCGUCGCCUCGCUCACAACCGACGACAGCUACCCAUACCUCAUGGAUGAGUGGAACUUUGUCUGGGAGAACCCUUACGAAGUCACCUCCGCCUCCAACUUCUCCUGCGUCCCCGACCGUCCCUCGUCUGUCUCCGGGGAUACUUCAACUGCUCUCUCCUCCAACAUGCUCCCCUUGAUGAACCACUUCUUGUACUCCUCGGAUCUCUCAUCCCUAGGCAUCGAAUAUCCGAAUGCCAGCUACGUGGCGACCACGAACGCUGCGUCCGGCGGCACCGGUAACCUGGGCAGCACAGCGACGCGGUGCAAGGCCGCCUGGAACGGCCGCCAACCUACGUUCAUCCUGGUAGAUUUCUUCAAUCAGGGUCCUGCCCUCGACACAGUCGACAACCUGAACAACAUCACCAAUGCCGUCGGCCGUACAUCACUCACCACCUCCGCUGGAGGCUCUUCGAGCGGCGGGGCCACAAUCAACAACGUUUUCAAGGGUCUAGUCGAGCUUGCCGAAGCUGCGGCCGCUGGAUCCACUCCGACCAUGGGGAACUGGAUCUGGGUCGGUGGAAAUUGGGGUAGUGUGCUCGGAGGCGGAAUCUCCCUCUAA